UACAAUAAUUUCAAAUUAAAAAUUCUCGUCUCCUCCAAGCUGUAAACAAUUUACUAUUUAGCGUUGUCAACUCGUUGCCGUGGCAGAAGCUCCAAAUAGUUUGACUUAUAUAACUUCCGAAAGAUGUCCAAAGUUUUCCAAAUUUUAGGCGACGAAUUUAUCAAUAAAGAAGGCCAAAGUAUAAGCCUUGGAAGAGUUCAAGGCAAGGGAAAAGUUAUAGCUCUAUACUUUUCAGCCCAUUGGUGUCCGCCUUGCAGAAACUUCACGCCAAAACUAGCAAGUUUUUACGAAAGUUUAAAACAAGGGCAAAAUGGAAGUAGAUUUGAGCUGUUGUUUCUUAGCUCGGACAAGAACGAAGAAGAAUUUUCCAAGUAUCUCGACCAAAUGCCUUGGUAUGCCUUGCCUUACAGCAAGAGGAACGAAAAGGCAAAGCUCUCCAAAUACUUCAGAGUGAGUGGAAUUCCAACAUUGAUCUUCCUUGAUGGAGAAACAGGCAAUGUUAUCAACAAAAAUGGCCGGUCUGCAGUUGAUAAUGAUCCUGAGGGACAGAAGUUUCCAUGGAAAGGAAAGACAUUGCAAGAUAUUUUAAAUGCUGGAGAAUAUAUUACAAACAAAGAUGAGAAAAAGUCUUACGAGAAUGACAUAAAAGGAAAGGUGCUUGGGAUAUAUUUUUCUGCUCACUGGUGUCCACCGUGCAAAGCUUUCACACCACAACUUAUUGAGUUGUAUAAUAAGAUGAAGGAUCAGAAGAAAGCUUUUGAAGUUAUAUUUGUCAGCUCAGACCAGAGUGCAGAUGCAUUUAAAGAAUACUUUUCUGGAAUGCCAUUCCUUGCAUUGCCAUAUGAUUCCGAAGUCAAGGAGGAGCUUAGUGACUAUUUUGAGAUUGAAGGGAUACCAACAUUAAUUAUAAUUGAUAAAACUGGCAGAGUUAUAACGUCAAGUGGACGUGCUGUAGUGAGUGGAGAUAAGGAUGGAAAGAAAUUCCCAUGGUAUCCAGAACCUGUUGAAGAGCUUAAUGAGAUAUCUGGACCAAAAAUUAAUGAUGAAGUUUGCCUUAUUUAUAAUCCUGCUAAAGAUGAAGAAGCUGCAAAACAAAUGAAAGAAAUCUUAGCACCGCUUGGCAGGGAAUGUCAGGAGGAAGCUAAAAGAGAAGACAAACAACAAGAUUUGUUCUUCUUUGUUGCUCCGACUGAACCAAAUGACAUCGUUGAAUCAUUGUGUGAGUUCCUGAACGUCAACCCUGAGGAAAAAUCUUUGUUCAUUGUUGAUGUGCCUUCAGCAAAAAUUUUCAAGUUUGAACUAUCUGUGGAUGAUGUCGAAGCUGAAGGCGAAGCUGAGAGCGAAUUAGUUGAAGGCGAAGCUGAAGGCAAAGUUGAAGGCGAAGCUGAAGGCGAAGUUGAAGGAAAAACGAAAGCCGUGGCUUAUCGCAAUCCUUCAAUGGAAGAGGUGAUCAAGUUUGUUAGAGAUUACCAAAAUGAUCUCUUGGUUGCCAAAAAUAUUCGUGAUUAAUAAAGUAAUUAAUAGGCAUGUAGCUUUUAGAGUGUGAAUAUGAAACUGGAAUUUCUUUUGCUUUCGUAGAAAAAUAGUUCUGACGCUAAAUUUAAAUAAAAUCUGUUAUGGCGCUAAAUAUAAAUAAAUGUAUU